AUGGUCGACGAAAAAAUCGGUCUCCUUUCCCUGCAGCUUCUUCUUGAUGAUUUGGACCAACUUGAAGAUCAGCAGAAGGGGAAGCAGAUUGCCGGGAAACAUACGGACUUGGAAGUUGCCAUCCAACUCAUGAAAGAAGACAUCUCUGUCGCCCAAACUUCUUUUCAAGAUGCAAUUCUAGCUUUGAGCACAAAUAUUGCUGUUGCUACAGAUCAAAAUGUGCUCGCUUCAAUCAGGGAAGACGAAACCCUUGCGGAACAAGAUCACCGCGAUUAG